UGUUGUGUUAGCUUCUGCUUGGCUGCCUAGUCUGUUAGCCCCUAAUAACAUAAUAAUCGGGAUUUUUAUUUCGACUUGUGGUUAUUAAAUAAAACGUACAAUUACACACGUAACUCGCGCCAUGCCGGUGCUGUGCUACUUUACACCGGCGGAGUAGUCAGCUAAAUAAGCAAACUGGCAAGGUGCAGAAUGAAAGCCUUUAUUCUCAUGAGACGGAGAAGCACUCAUGGAUCAUGUCUCUGAUCCUGUUCGCCUUCGUGGUGCGACUGAGGGAUGGACUCCCUCUUUCCGCCUCCACCGACUUUGAGCACAACCGAGAGCUGCAGGAGAGGAAGCAGCAGCUCAGGACCAUCAGCAAGACACUGGCCCUCUUCCCAGACAGAGCCGCGGUCAAGGGCCAAGAGCUCAACAUAUACUUGGUGUCUUCAGAGGGCGUAACCUACAUGAGCGUGUGCCACUGCAGUAUUCCCAUUGCGAUGGCCUUCUGCUUCCUGGAAGACCUGCGCUGGGAAUUCACAACCUGCUACAAUCACAGCGUUGUGUCACUGGCAGACAGACCAUAUCCAUUUUUGGAAUUUGACUGCACCAUUCAGAAGCUGAAGCAGCAGUACAACCACCGGGGUGGCCCGGCUCUGCAGGUCACCUUGACGGAGGUCCAGGAGGACCUGAGGCUCCGCCCACCACAGAUUCUCACCGUGGAGGAGGUUGAGAUCACCAACGCUUCUGCAAACGGCCACGUCCCACAAUCGGCCGCCUCUGGCCAGAUUGUAAAACUGGAACCAGUGACGGGGCCUGGCAUCCUUUCGCUGGUCCUCAACAUUAUGUGUGCAUCCUUAAAUGUCACCCGUGGCGUACACCUCAUAGAAUACACAUUCCAGGAUGACUACAACAGCGUGUGGAACAUCAUGGCUUUCCUUGUGGCAUUCCUUUGCUGCCUGCUUCAGUGCCACCUGUACGUCUUCCACUCCCCGCGAAAAGCAGCCAAGUCCCUGGGCCUGCUGAGCGCCGUCAUCCUAUGCAACGUCUUCCUCCACGGGCUGAGGAACGCCUGGCAAAUAGCCUUCCACAUUGGUGUGGCCUCGCUGUCAACUGCGCUCAUCCUCCGACGUAAAGUCCAAGACAGGAGCAACGACUGCGGAGUCUGACGUGUCAAUACAUUAUGUUUCUAUUGCACCUUUUCUACAUUUUAUACAGGGAAUUUCUGUCUCGCGCAACACUUUGAAAGCCAAAACGUUCAGCUUGAGACUCAAGUGAGUAAGUUUUGACCCAAACAUACUAAUAUACAUAAUAAAUUGCCAUGACAUCAACAUGAGACUCAAGUGAGUAAGUUUUGACCCAAACAUACUAAUAUACAUAAUAAAUUGCCAUGACAUCAACAGCUACUUUACGUAAACAACAGAGAACCUUAAUUUAAUACAGUAAUCAUGAUUGAAAAAUCCAUUUGCCUAGAAAAAAUACGAGCCCCUGGACACCAAUUCACCAAUCAACACAAAAUUCGGUGGACAUGUCUAUCCUGACACUAGGCAUGAAAAAAAUAUCAUGGAGCCAUGCCAGAAAUUGAAAAGUAAGAUUUGAUAAAAUUUACACAAAAUAGCUGUUUCAAACCAAAAUGGCAAAGUUGCUGUUUAUUUCCAGGCAUUGUUUCUUGAGACUUGUUCGUGGGUCCUGUAAUGAAAAACAUAUUUCACCCAAUUUCGUGUCGAUAGGUGAAACUGGUGAGGGGCUAUUUUUUUCAACUUUCAAGGUGAGAGUUGGGGGUACGUGUUGGGGACCCCUAAGAUACAUACAUUUUCACUAAGAUACAAUUUUGUGUUUUCAGGCAUAUUGGGGCACCCAAAAGGUGAUUUAUUAGUCUGAGGAAUGCUAAGGAUUAUGAAAGCACUGAUUUGAAGGGUUGAAUCAUAUUUCUUAACGUAUUGUUUUUAAGACAAUUGCUGCUUAUCGGGGGCUCAGCUUCCAAUUAUUUAAAUGUAUGUUUUCUUUGCUUUUUUAUUCUAUCUCUAUAUUCGGAGUUUAUAAAUAUACAUUACCGGUAUAUCAUUUUAUUGGGAUAUUUGUUUAAAAAUUUUAAAUGAAGGCACAUUUAGGGUAAAGGAGUGAUUGUUGAAUUGGAGAUGUGUUGUAUCUAGUCUGUCCUUUUCACAGAGCACUGGCAGCUAUUUUUGAUGAAACCAGUAUUUUUUCAGACAAGGAAGACUUUAUUGUAACGAUAAAAUGCAUCGCCCUUCCACAUUGUUGACAAAAGAAACUGAUGCCCUCAAUGUUCUAAGCCACGUAACAAAGAUUUGUAACAUUUUUGCAAUAAACUCAGCUGUCUUGAAUUAUUGGCAAUUUAACUGUCAUUUCAUCAAUAAAUCAUGUCUUUUAUUUUGUA